CUGGAAAUGCAUACGCGAGGGAAACGAGGUCGGACCCGGGCUCAGGGAGGAGCUUCUACAGAUAGGUCACAGAAUGAGCAAUUUGAUUACGUAAGCCGGCGUCGGCCGGCGCGGGGGACGCUGGAUGCCAAGAUGGCGGCAGAGCUAGUAGAAGCGAAGAACAUGGUGAUGAGUUUCCGGGUGUCAGACCUUCAGAUGCUCUUGGGAUAUGUUGGGCGAAGUAAAAGUGGUUUAAAGCAUGAGCUUGUGACACGUGCCCUGCAGCUUGUACAAUUUGACUGUAGCCCUGAGGUUUUCAAGAAGAUAAAAGAAUUAUACGAGACACGAUAUGCAAAGAAGGGUCCGGAGACUGGUUCUUCAGCUUCUGCACAUUCACUUGCACCAAGUCGAUCCCCUGAAUCCUUGUCAAUCCACUCAUCCUAUGAACACGGAGUUUCAAGUCCAAGAACUUCCCUCUCUCCCACUAACAUAGACUACCCUUCUCUGUAUGGAAAACAUGUCAAUGGCCUGUCUAGGCUACCACCCAAAGUAAUGACAAAACCUGAGGUGCGACUAGUUAAGCUCCCUUUUUACGAUGUGGUGGAUGAGCUUUUAAAGCCAACAGAACUUGUUGCCCAGAACAGUGAGAAACUUCAAGACAGUCCCUGCGUGUUUGUACUGUCUCCAAGGCAGGUGGACCUGAUCAAGAACUCGAGAGAUUUGCAGCCUGGCACCAAAUCUGUUCAAGUUGUCCUAAGGAUUUGUUACACAGACACUAGCUGUCCCCAGGAGGAUCAAUACCCACCCAACAUUGCAGUGAAGGUGAAUCACAACUACUGCUCAGUACCAGGAUACUAUCCUUCCAACAAACCAGGUGUGGAACCCAAGCGGCCAUGUCGUCCCAUAAACCUCACUAACCUCAUGUACUUAUCAUCUGCCAGUAAUCGAGUUACUGUCACAUGGGGAAAUUAUGGCAAGAGUUACUCAGUAGGACUGUACCUAGUGAGGCAAAGAACUUCUUCCGAACUCUUACAGAGGUUAAAAACCAUUGGAGUGAAGCAUCCAGAGCUAUGCAAGACCCUUGUUAAAGAGAAGUUACGCCUGGAUCCAGACAGUGACAUAGCCACCACAGGAGUUAGAGUUUCAUUGAUCUGCCCGUUGGUGAAGAUGCGUCUUACUGUGCCCUGCCGAGCAGAGACCUGUGCGCACCUCCAAUGUUUUGAUGCUGUCUUUUACUUACAAAUGAAUGAAAAAAAACCAACAUGGAUGUGUCCCGUUUGUGAUAAACCUGCCCAGUAUGAUCAGCUUAUCAUAGAUGGGCUUUUGUCCAAGAUACUCAGUGAAUGUAGGGAUGCAGAUGAGAUUGAAUUUUUGGUUGAUGGCUCCUGGUGCCCGAUAAAAGCCGAAAAAGAGAGAAGUUGUAGUCCAAUCUGUCCUGUUUUAGACCUUGGUUCCCCAGACACAACAACAAAACCUCCCCCUCCAAGCAACACAUCAAGUGAAAAUGGGAAACCUGGACCAGAUGUAGUGGACCUAACGCUGGACAGUUCUUCAUCUUCAUCAUCUUCCUCUGAGGAGGAGGAAGAGGAGGAAGAGGCUGCAGAAAGGCCCCAGCAGAAGAGACGUUGCUAUGAAAAAGGACUAUUGUCAGCUUGCUGACAACAUAUCCCCAGUUAGACUCAAAACCGCGGGAUACAGAAAGAGGGGCCUGUGCCCCAUCCAUUAAGGCCUGUAUACAUCACUUUCUCACCGCCCUUUUCGAUCUAUUUAACCCAUAAGCCGCACAGAGGAUCAUUUUCAGCUGGCGAUGGGUUAAACAUUCGGAUCUACUUAACUAGUUAUAAGCAUAGAUCUUGUUGAGCUGGCAUUGGAUUAAGUAUUUUAAUUUGUUUCCACUAUUUAAAGCUCUUUGCUGUUCAAAAACUGUUAGCGUAUUACCCAAAUAUGUUGAAACGAAACCAAUCAAUGCCUCCUUUUGGUACAGUUUCCUCUUCCCUAAUGUCAGUUGCAUUUUUAAACUUAAGAAACAUAUUUUCUUUACUUAAUGGUGCGCUUUGUAAGGGUGAAAUACAGUAAAAUCUUUACUCAUUGUAAGAGUGGGGGUGGGGAGGCAUGCAUGUUUGGUGAUAUGGGCUUUUGCAGCAUAUUGACUAACUAAAACAUACAUGUAGAGCAGAGACUGGUCCCGGUUUGAGACACCAGGUGAAAUAUUUAGACGGUUGUUUCUUCGAUAUUGUGGAAACAUGAGGAAGAAAAAUGCUAUUUUAUCGCUGGAUGUUCUUGGUAAUAUGCAAAAAGUGGGUGUGCUUAGUUAUUUGGGGCACAAAAUGGGGGCUGGGUCUACACAAUGCUUUGAAUUCAACUACCUCUCUGCUGUUCAGGUUUUAUUUCUAUGCUAGUUAAGGGGAGAGGUUUAAUGCUGCUCUACACACUUUCUCUUCCUUCCUCUGUAAACCUAACCCACAACUGUACCCUGCUUUUGCUCCAUGCAGGACUUUUUGACUUUUAAAUACAGACUACCUGUCAUAAUUUUGUAAUUUUCCAUUGAUGCUGUGUGAGAAUUUUCUUCUGGAUUGGAAGAAAUCCAAAAGUACAGUCUCCUUCAGAAUGCCAUUAACCUUUCAUUACCCCGCAAUGAGGUUCUCCCUGUCUUUUCAAAAUUUUAUGUGCAGACAGAAUGAGAGAAAAUCUCACCCCUUCAUGCUCCAACCUACCUCUGUCAUCAUGUGUCCUUACACAUCCACAGUAGGUGGUUUAAAUGUGUCUGAAGAACACCACCCAAAUUCUUAUGUUUUGGUAUUCUCAUACUGUUCCCCACUUUCCCAUUUGCAAAAUAGCAUUUGUGACAUUUUGAUCAGGAGCAGGGAGAAUUAAAAAGAAAAAAAAUCAGGCUUUCAUGUACAGAACAUUAGAGCCUUUAGAUUUUCACUCCUUUGGCCCUGGAUAUUUUUUUUCCUUUUGUGUGUUUGUUUUUCUGUAAUAAUCGUUUGCAGGACACCAUGCAACCGUAUCAACAGCAGCAUGAUGAAAUUGUCAGUUUAUUUUAUUUGUCUAAUUUAAUUUUUUUAAUAGUCUGAUCAGAGUUCUACUUCUGUGAACAUUUUAUUUCAUUAUGAAUGUUUUUUUUUUUUUAUUAUGGAAAAUACUUUGGGAAAAAUUUCUUAGCUUUUUUUUUAUUUUCUCUCCAUUGUACAUUCCCCCAAAGGAAAUAAAAACACAAAAAGAUAGUGUUUGUUACAAUAAAAAUAUUUAAAAAUA